UCUUCAAAGCUGGAGCAGCUGAAAACAAUUGGUCGGGAGCUCGCGAUGGGCUCCCAAGGGGGAUUCGGGCAGUCAAAAGAGUUCCUCGACCUCAUCAAAUCGAUCGGCGAGGCUCGAUCCAAAGCGGAGGAAGACCGCAUUGUGCUGCGCGAAAUCGAGACCCUGAAAGCCAGGCUGUCCGAUCCGAACACGCCGAAGUUCAAGCUGAAGGAGUACUUAAUCCGCCUCCUCUACGUGGAGAUGCUCGGACACGAUGCCUCGUUCGGGUACAUUCACGCUGUCAAGAUGACCCACGAUGACAAUCUGCUGUUGAAGAGAACUGGGUACUUGACGGUGACUUUGUUUCUGAACGAGGAUCACGAUUUGAUCAUCCUGAUUGUGAACACGAUACAGAAGGACUUGAAGAGCGAUAAUUAUUUGGUGGUUUGCGCCGCGUUGAAUGCCGUGUGUAGGUUGAUUAAUGAGGAGACGAUUCCGGCGGUUUUGCCGCAGGUGGUGGAGUUGUUGGGGCAUCAGAAGGAGGCGGUGAGAAAGAAAGCGGUGAUGGCGCUUCACCGGUUCAGUCAGAGGUCUCCGGGGUCGGUUUCCCAUCUCCUUUCCAAUUUCCGUAAGAGGCUUUGCGACAAUGAUCCUGGUGUUAUGGGUGCGACGCUUUGCCCGCUUUUUGAUCUCAUCACGCUUGAUGUUGACAAGUAUAAGGAUCUGGUGGUUAGCUUUGUAAACAUUCUUAAGCAAGUAGCAGAACGCAGACUACCGAAGAGUUAUGACUAUCAUCAGAUGCCUGCUCCAUUCAUUCAGAUCAAAUUGUUGAAAAUUCUAGCCGUACUGGGUAGUGGUGACAAAAAGGCGAGUGAACAGAUGUACACAAUUUUGGGCGACAUAAUGAGGAAAGGUGAUUCAACAAGCAAUAUCGGGAAUGCCAUCCUUUACGAGUGCAUUUGCUGUGUUUCAUCAUUACACCCCAACGCAAAGUUGCUUGAAGCUGCUGCUGAUGCUAUUUCAAAAUUUCUUAAAAGUGACAGUCACAACCUGAAAUAUCUUGGUAUUGCUGCUCUUAGUCGACUCAUAAAGAUAAGCCCUGAUAUAGCCGAACAGCACCAACUGGCUGUCAUUGAUUGCUUAGAGGACCCAGAUGAUACCCUAAAACGCAAGACAUUUGAACUGCUCUAUAAAAUGACUAAGUCAUCAAAUGUAGAAGUAAUUGUGGACCGUAUGAUUGAGUACAUGAUAAGUAUCAGUGAUAAUCAUUACAAAACUGAAAUAGCAUCCAGAUGCGUUGAACUUGCAGAACAAUUUGCACCAAGCAACCAAUGGUUUAUACAGACUAUGAAUAAAGUAUUUGAGCACGCAGGGGACCUGGUGAAUGCUAAAGUUGCCCAUAACUUGAUGCGCUUGAUUGCUGAGGGAUUUGGAGAAGAUGACGAUACUGCAGAUAGUCAGCUUAGAUCAUCUGCUGUGGAGUCGUAUCUUCGAAUCAUGGGGGAGCCGAAACUUCCAUCUGCCUUCCUGCAAGUGAUUUGUUGGGUCUUGGGUGAAUAUGGGACUGCAGAUGGGAAGUAUUCUGCCUCAUAUAUCACUGGGAAGUUGUGUGAUGUGGCGGAGGCACAUUCAGCAGAUGACACAGUGAAAGCAUAUGCAGUAACAGCACUUCUGAAGAUAUAUUCAUUUGAAAUAGCAGCUGGGAGAACAGUGGACAUACUAUCCGAGUGCCAAUCAUUGAUUGAAGAAUUGUUAGCAUCCAACUCGACCGACCUUCAGCAGCGGGCCUAUGAGCUUCAAGCAAUCUUGAAUGUAGAUGCUCAUGCUGUAGAGAAAAUAAUGCCUAUCAACUCUACUUGUGAUGACAUUGAGAUUGACAAGAAUCUUGCGUUUCUUGAUGGUUACGUACAACAAUCCCUGGAAAACGGCGCUGAGCCCUAUAUCCCCGAGAGUGAGCGCUCUGGAAUGUUGAGCAUUAGCAGUUUCAUGACUCACGAAGAUCACGAACCAUCUACUCAUACUCUUAGGUUCGAGGCCUACGAGCUACCUAAACCCUCACUGCCUCCAAAUGCUCCUCCAUCCUCUACCGAACUUGUCCCUGUCACAGAACUAUCGUAUGUUGCAGAUAUCUUCCAACCGACUACAUCUCUUCCAUCUGCCUCUGAUUCUGCUGCAUCAGAACUCAAGCUAAGACUCGAUGGGGUCCAGAAGAAGUGGGGCCGGCCCACUUACUCCUCCCCUGCCCCACCCACCACUUCAAGCAACGACACUGUGAAGAUUCCAAAUGAGACAGCUCAGCGUGACACAGUCAGCAAUUCUAACUCUAAAGCACGAGAUGUAUCUUACGAUUCAAGAAAGAAGCAAGUGGUUGAGAUUUCGCCAGAAAAGCAAAAACUGGCGGCUUCGCUUUUCGGCGGUGCGUCGAAAUCCGAGGGGAGACGAUCUUCGAAACCUCAUAAUCAUGCUUCGGAUAAGUCUCAUGCCACCAAGGCUAUGGCUACCAAUACCGCUGCUGAAAAACCGACACAGCCUCCUCCAGAUUUGCUGGACAUGGGUGAACCUUCUAGCGGUGCACCGUCUGUAGACCCUUUCAAGGAAUUGGAAGGCCUUCUUGAUUUUACUGCAGACACAACCGCCCCUGUAAUAAGUUCCGGUGAGGCGUCUGAUUACUCGUCUCUCUUUGCUGACAUGUCUCUAAAUGUGCCGAAUCAGAGUGGCGUUGAUACCAACGGGAACGGUCUUGAAGGGAUCAGAGUUGAAGAUUCGACACCACAAUUGCAAAAAGGACCAAAUUUGAAGGAGGCUUUGGGGAAAGAUGCACGCGUAAGGCAAAUGGGUGUGACACCGUCAGGUCAGAACCCCAACUUAUUUAAGGAUUUGCUUAGCUAAAAAAUACAGAUUUGAGGAUUUUCUCGAGAAUUCUUGUUUCUCCAUUUUGCUGUCUUUGAGUUAUGAGGAAUAUAAUGUAAUGAAAACCCGGACACACAGUUCAUAAAGCAGAAAACUGGAGGAAAGUGGAAACAUGGGGGGGGGUCAAAAACCUUCACGUUUCGUAGUGAAAAAUCGGGUGUAAUUUGUAUUGGUUGAUCAAGGUGAUAUACUAGUGUGUGUAGAAAUACAUUGAGAGCUAGACGGAUACAGGUUUGAUCAACGGUCUAUUGUAGAGCUCUCUAUUGUGCAUGUUUCUUGAACCUACGAAUUUUUGAGACAAUAAAGGGAAUCUCGGCAAUGCAUUGUGUUUUUUGUGUUUCCCGUUGC